AUGGGGGCUGACGAUCCAGCGCAGAAUGUGAUUGAUGAUGAUUCGACUCCUCAGCAUCUUACAUUAAACCAUGUUCCAUUGAAUCAUAAUACCCCUCUAGAUUUUAAUGGUGUGAGAACUAGCAUAUAUUCGGAUGGUGUAUCAACCCUUCUUAAACAAGAUAGGGAAGAUAAGAAAUCCAAAGAUGUUACAUUUAUUAGUACCGAUAGAAUUAGAAUGACGGACAAUGUGAAAUUCGAAGUUUUCCAUAAGGAUGUUCUCGCAGAACAUUACCAAAAUUACAAACCGGAAGAAGAUUAUUGCAACCUAUAUCUAGGAAUGGAGUAUUCGGAAGGUGAAGAUGGAGAGUUAUCAUGGUUUAAUGCUGAAGCAAGAGUUGGGGUUGGAAUUGAGCUCAGUAUCUGUCUUGGAGUCGAAAUGGAAGUUGCGUUGCUAGCAGAACAUUACCAAAAUUACAAACCGGAAGAAGAUUAUUGCAACCUAUAUCUAGGAAUGGAGUAUUCGGAAGGUGAAGAUGGAGAGUUAUCAUGGUUUAAUGCUGAAGCAAGAGUUGGGGUUGGAAUUGAGCUCAGUAUCUGUCUUGGAGUCGAAAUGGAAGUUGCGUUGCUAGUUUGA